ACCAAAGAAUCGGAGCCGGCGUGUCCCCAAGUCAAGGGGUACUCCGUCAGAUCGCUCGCUCGACGCCGAUCACCGCCCCGGGUGGAUGCCCGUACGCCGACGAAGAGGAGGCCCCUUUCCUUCUUUAAAUGCCAGAGGGCUAUCGCCCCGUAUUUCGCCUCUCCCCGCCUCCGUGAUUAGGGUUUUGUAGCGUCUCCUCCCGGCCUCCCAGCGGCGAUGGGGCGCUCCCGCGCCGUGGCCAACUCCGGCGACGACGACACCAGUCAUAGGUCAAAGAGGAGGAGGGUUGCUGCAAGUGGAGAAGCUUUGGGAAAUAUAGAAGCAGGUUCAGGAACAAGUGAAGGGAAGAAGGCUUUAUAUCACUGCAACUAUUGCAACAAGGACAUUUCUGGAAAGAUUCGCAUCAAAUGCACAAAAUGUGCAGACUUUGAUCUGUGUGUGGAGUGCUUCUCUGUUGGUGCUGAGGUCACUCCACACAAGAGCAACCAUCCCUACAGAGUCAUGGACAACUUGUCUUUUCCUCUAAUCUGUCCAGAUUGGAAUGCGGAUGAGGAAAUAUUACUUUUAGAGGGGAUUGAGAUGUAUGGACUUGGCAACUGGACGGAAGUUGCUGAGCAUGUUGGUACCAAGAGCAAGGCACAGUGCAUUGACCAUUAUACCACAUCAUACUUGAACUCCCCUUGCUAUCCUCUUCCAGAUAUGUCUCGUGUUAAUGGUAAAAACAGAAAGGAACUUCUUGCUAUGGCUAAAGUACAGGUUGAGGGCAAGAAAGGUUCUUCAUUGCUUGGUGAUGUCACACCAAAGGAAGAGUCUCCAUUCUCACCUGCAAGAGUCAAGGUUGAAGAUAUAGGUGAAGGUGCAGCUAACCAGUCACCCUCAAAUUUAGCUGCAGGUGCAAGUAAGGUGACUUCGAACACGGGGAAAUUCAAGGAUAAUCCUGACGGACCUAAAGUUGAAGACUCUUAUUUGGAUAGAACUAUUGGUGUAAAAAAGCCUAAAUGUUCAGGAGAAGAAGGACCUUCUAUAACUGAGAGUGGCUAUAAUCCCAAGAGGCAAGAAUUUGAUCCAGAAUAUGACAAUGAUGCAGAGCAGGCAUUGGCUGAUAUGGAGUUCAAGGAAAAUGACACUGAAACUGAACGUGAACUGAAGCUGCGGGUACUCCGUAUUUAUUUAUCUAGGCUUGAUGAGAGGAAGCGAAGAAAGGAUUUCAUACUAGAAAGGAAUUUACUUUAUCCUAACCCAUUGGAAAAGGAGCUUUCGAGCGAAGACAGAGAGUUAUAUAACCGUUUCAAGGUCUUUAUGCGCUUUCUUUCUCAAGAAGAACAUGAGAACUUAGUUAAGAGUGUCAUUGAGGAGCGCAAAAUUCGAAGAAGAAUUCAAGAGCUUCAGGAAUGUCGAGCUGCUGGUUGCCGCACCCUGGCUGAAGCAAAAGCUUACACUGAGCAGAAGCGGAAAAGGGAACCGGAGGUGGGUGCACAAAACUCCAAGGAAAACACACAGAUUUUGUCAGGUGGUAAAGUGGCACAAAAGGCAAACUGGCCUCUCAACAGAGAAAAAGGAGACAAUGAUGGAAGCCCAAGAAACACCACUGAUAACCAUAAAAUAAAAGGCAGCACUGGGUUUGAUUCUAGUGGCAAGGAUUCGCCUUCAACAACUACCGGACAAGUUUCUGUGAGAUCAUUUGAUGAAUGGGAUAUCACUGGACUCCCUGGAACAGAAUUUCUCAGCGAAACUGAGCAAGAUUUCUGCUGCCAAAAUAGAUUGCUGCCCAGUCAUUAUCUCAAAAUGCAGGAGACAUUGGUGCAGGAGAUAUACAAGGGCAACAUCAUCAACAAAUCUGAUGCCCAUGGUUUGUUCAAGGUUGACCCAGUAAAAGUGGAUAAGGUAUAUGAUAUAGUAAAGAGAAAGUUGGGCCAGCAAGAAGAAUCUACUACCGUGUAGUUUUCUUCUAGCACAUGCUACUGGGAUUUGAGUUGCUUCUGAAAUAUGUUUAGUCUUGAAAAGCUUUGAAGCUGAUACUUGUAUCACGUGUAACGAAAUCGCGUCCAUGACCCCGAAAUGUGCUGGGUCAGAAGAACAAUAAUGUGUACCUUAAAGUGAUCAUGAUAAUUAUUUUUCGUUGUACAUUCA